GAAUAAACAACGCAAAGCAAAGUCUUUCAGGUAAUCCAUAUUCAUCCGCUUUAGCGUCCCUCUACACAACUCACAGAACAUACCCGGAUGGAGCUGUCAUGGCCGCCGUCAGUGACCUGCUAGGCUAAAGAGAAAGAAAGAAAUCUGUACAUUUAAACAUGGAGGCAGACCACACCACCCAAGAUGACCCUCCUGAAGGCAGUAAUGUAGAAAAUGAUGAGAAAAACCCGAGGAAGCAACUGCAAAUGGCAGUGUCAGUUCAGCUUCCAGUGAUGCAGGAUGUUUAUGAUCGUGGUCAGAGGAAAAUAGUUCAGAGCCACGAGAGAAACAAGGUGCAGACAGCCAGGAAAUCCUUCAAGAAGCCACCCCUUAAGGCACCCCAGAACCUGCAGGGGACGAGCAUCUCUGGCAAAAUACUCAGGUUUAGCUGUUCUGAAUGCAAGGGCAACACAACAUUUAGUCCUAAUGACCUAUCCAAGCAUUUUCAGGGAGUUCACCAGGGAAGCCUACCUACUUUUCCAUGUGAUUUGUGUGGUUAUAUCACCCAAGAUUUCUCCAACCUUCAGCGUCAUCGGUUAGGGCACCGGGACACUUUUGUUAGAUGUGAGAUCUGCAAUGACAGUGUUCAGUACACUCUGUUGCAGCUCACCCGACACUUCAGCAUGUACCACAGCCUGAAUGGCCUCUACCGCUGUGAAAGAUGCAAUUUUUCCACAAAGGAUGUAGGAACAAUUGUGCAGCACAUACAUCGGCAUAACGAAAUCCAGUACAAAUGCCCAAAAUGCAAGCAUGUGAGUUACACAAGUGGAGAGUUUCAGAAACAUCUUUUGGUGCACUCUGGGAAAUUCACUUGUCAGUUCUGUGACUACAGGGCUCCCCGAAAGGAUUACAUCAUUAGGCAUAUGAAUUCUGCUCACUCUAAGGAGAAAAAAAACAAGUGGCGAGUAAAAGCAGAGAACUCUAAAACACUAAUGAACUCAUCACCUGGACUGAAGCUUCUGCUUACAAAGAAUCCAGCCAGGGAAACAUGGAUGUCUAAGAGGCUACAUGCCUUGUCUGGAGGUGGUCUACUGGAGGAAUACGGAAAACUCUCCAAUCCCGAAAAGACUCUGGAGGAGACUCAGCAAUUCCUCGAGAGAACUGUUGCAUCAGAGAAAGAGAGUAAGAAAUGGAUUAAGGCCCUUAAGACCGAACAGCAGUUUGUUUCGCAAGCCAUUCCUUCUUUGUCACAGCCUAAGUUGGAGAAUCCAGUUACACCCAAUGCUGGAUUUUUGAACCCCAGUAGCAAUGGGCUCACUGUGCUCAUGGUCAAAAAUAAAAUUUCAAUCCCUCCAAAUUGCACUACAAAAGUUAUGGGGUUUAAGAUGGUGGAUGGAAAAAAGCAUUUAGUCCUCAAAGUUAUUCCAUCAGGAAAGCAGGAGGCUACUCCUAAGACGGGUUUGUCAUCAUCUGCAGUGAAAGAAAUGGACAGGCACACAUCAGAAACACUUCUGACGGAAGAAAACAGUUCUGAUUGUGCAGUUUUUGGUGUAGAACAAACCAGCAGCCAACUGAAUUCCUCCAACUUGGACUCCAGUAAGAGCACAGCACUUGUGGGCUUAGACCCUCUUGUCAGAAGAAACAGCGAAGACACUUGUGUGGUACAGAAAAAGGGUGAUGAGCAGCCUUCCAAGCCUGUACAGACAGAUGAGUCUAGAAUUUUGACAUUUUCCGAGGCAAAAAACAACAAUGACCAGUUCCCGUUAUUGGAAGCCUCUGCACCUGCUGCCAAAAUUGGCCCUGCCAAUGAGAAGUCCCAUUUCUUAAAAUCCAGUGUGGAGGAAGCCAGUGAAAUAAAAGGUGCAACCUCAUUUACAGCAUUUACUGAUGCAUUGAAACCGACUGUUACUCAACAAGAACAGAGAUGUAUAGCUCUAGAAGAAAUGCAUUCACCUACUGAUUGUGAAGAAAAUAUUACCAUUGACAGUGAAAGUAAUUCUGGGUUAAAUUCUUCCAGUGAAAAAGUCUUCAGUUUUCACAACUACUCGAAGGACACCUCUAGUUUUUCCUCUGAUUUAUCCCUACCUAUUGAAGAUCAGAGUUAUUCAGAGAUUCUGACGGAUGGGCCCGAGCCAAAUAGUUCUAAAAUAGCGUCUUUGGCUGAUAGCAACCGGACACCAGAUGACUCAUCCAUGGCUAGUGAGCAGGACUGUCACAAUGAAGAAAUUCCAGAACAGCUUCUGUUGAAUUCUGAUCCUUUGAUGGAAAAAGUGCCAGAUAGUGAAAUUGAAGUAGAUGAAUGUAUUGCCACUGUUGAAGAAGAGUCGAAUGGUUUGAAUAACUUUCCAGGUUUGGCUUGCAGGCCGGAUGCAACACUCAAAAGCACCUCUCAACGGGAAGGAAAACAGUCUUUGCUUCUUGGCAGUAACACUGAUCUUAAUGAAGAGAGAGAGACGAACAUAGGCGAUUUCAGUUCUGCCACCCAACAUCAAAACCAUGCCCCCGAAAAAGGUCUUGAUGGCUCCUGCAUUCAGAAAGUACCAGGAAGUUCAUGUAAUGCUGCUGCCUUGGGACGCAUACUGGAGGAACAUUCUGAUGCUAUUAUUAGUCAGCAGCUUGAGAAGGAGAGGAUUGGCACUGCUGUGACCAAUGGUGUAUUCAGACAAGCUACAACAACUUUGAGGAUACUACAACCUGUUAAUGUAAAAGAUGGUAAGCAACAGGUUUUUCUUCAGACUGCUGAAAAUAACUGCGCAGUGCCUGUUGAGCUACAAAGCAGUCCAGGAUUUAAGAUGAUUUCAGGGUCUUCUGUUCCUCCGAUUAAUGUUUCUUGUUUGAAACCUGGAACUGAAAGACCAAGUAAGACGACAGCAGCACUGGCUUUCACUCUGAAUAAUGGCAGAAUAGGGAAAGCUGCACGGGUUAUGGGUGGCAAGGAAACAGGUUGUGGUUUACUUAAAGAUGGGGAAGAAAACCCAGCCCUUAAUUGUGUAAAGGAGGGUUCCAGUAGCAGUACCAGCCAUUUAUUGGUCAACAGUUCACCUUUAAAAGGACCUUUGAUAUUGUCCAGUCCAACCCAGUCUCUGUCCCGAGAACGGACUGUGAAUGCACCGACAUGUUUCUUGGUUCAGAGACCACUACCUGUAGUGGCAGCUGUUGCAAGGCCCAAUGGGGAGGCUGCCAACCAAAGUCUCCAGAAUCAAGCAAUGAGGCCUAUGUUGGCAGUACCAGUAAAUUCUCAAGACCAAGCUACUAUUUUACAAGCUGGCCGCCAAGCUUUUAUCCUUAGGUAUGUGUCUCCAGCUAAGACGGGGAAACCCCUGAACAGUCCAGAAGGAAAACCCACAAGUCAAAUCCAUCCAAAUGACAGCGGAGGCAACAGGGUUUUUCUUAAGAUAGUUCAAAAUCUCUCCGAUGGGGGCCAUCCUUUUGGUAGUGGAGAACUGAAUAGCAGUGUGCCAACACACGCUGCCGCUAAUCAGCCCAUCUAUCUGGCUGCUGGUGCUUUGCAGUCGCCUUAUGUUCUGCUGUCAUCAAACCAAUCCAAUGUGACUGUUUCCACAGGAUUAAAAACCUCAGGAUCAUCGCAAGCCCCCAUGCAUGCACCAAUUACUGUUUCCCAGCUGCAGAAAUUCUCUUCCGCUACCAUACAAGGUAAGACUGGAGAAAAGAGUGGCGGUGAGGGCUUGAAUAAUAAACUCAAGAGAGUCCGGCUCCCUCCUCCAAGAUCUAAUCAUCAGUUGGCCAAAAGAAAGAAGAAGAGGAAAUCUCAGACUCAAGAUCCUUCAGAACCUUUGGCUAAAGCUAAGCGGCACUCCAGCAAAAAAAAUAAAGAGAAGGAUUCUUUGCCUGAUGCUGUCAAUUGGAAGCCAGUACCUAAGGACGUUGAGAGAACAUUGAGACUGUCCCCCUUCUGUCCUUCACAGCUCAUUAAAUGUCCUCGACGAAACCAGCCUGUUAUAGUACUCAAUCACCCAGAUGUGGACAUCCCUGAGGUGACUAACAUCAUGAGAACAGUCAGCAGGUACAAAGGAGAGGUCCUGAAGGUGGCUUUGUCCCAAAGAACUGUAGAUGCGCUAUCCGAGUUGAGCUGCAAUCCUUUUAAAAGAAGUCACUCGGUACCCGACAACCCUUCUCAUGGUCGACAUAGUCGCAGAGAGAAUACAGCGAGGGAAAGAUUUAUUUUAAAGCUGAAGUUAAAAAAGACCAGCAGGAAUAAGUACCAGGUUGUGAAUACUACCUCAGACUCCACUGAGCGGUCAUCAUCAUUCAGCUGCUGGUUUUGUGGUCGAAUAUUUGACAACCAAGAGGAGUGGAUAGGCCAUGGUCAACGACAUCUCAUGGAAGCAACCAGAGACUGGAACAAGUUGUUUUAAACCAUUUGCAUUAUGGGUAGUUGGAAAGCAUUAUAUGUAAGUUCUAAAUUAUUAGUUAGAAAAUAUAUACAUCUAGUCCAUUGACUGUAACUCUGCUAAAGGCUUUAGAAGUCCUAACAUUAUCUGAUAUUGUUGAAAAUGACACUUAAAAUGAUCCCAAUACUGUCACUGUUGAAACCUGUGAUAUGAAAAAUAUUUUUAUUUCUCUCAUCAAAGUAGUAAAAAGUUUUUUAGGUUCUCAAUUUAUGAUGCUAAGGUCUUUUUGUGUGUCUGGUACAACGUUAAACCAAACGUGUAAAGGGUUUUAUGUAUAUAAUGGACUGAAAUGUGAAAAAGAAUGCAUUGCACAUAUUGUAUAUAAAAGUUGGAAGAAAUGAAGACAUGCACAGUGAUGUUAAACAUGGAAGUGUUUCUGUACUGGCCAAAUGAUGGUUUCGAAUAUGAAUGAUAACGUAUAUUUGCUCAGAAUUUCAGUAGCAUUUUAGCAUUUUACUUGUGUGACAACUGCAUAAUAUACAUACAGUUGAACUCAGGUGACUUUAUUUUUUGUUUCCCUUGGAAUAAGUAAUCCAACUUUGUAACAUUGAGUGAUUUCUUUCUUUCACCUUUAAUCAUUAAUGUUUCAAAAGCUUUUCUGUCAGGGAAGCAUGGGAUUCAUUCAUGUUUAUUUUCAGUUUUUUCUUAAUCCCUGUAAAACUUCAUUUAGUUUGUCAAAACGGCAUUAUUGCAUUAUAGUUGUAUAUUAUUCUUUAGUUUUUAUUUCUGGCAUAUUGUCAGGAAUUCUGAACAUAACAAGCUAACAGAGUUUACGGGUAUAUUCAUACUAAUAGGUUCUCUAUAUUUGAAAUGCAGAUAUCCAGUAUGUGUAACAAGAUUCCUGUGGAAAUAAUUUUCAAAAGCUGUUACAUUCUACAGUCCGUUUUGCAGCAGUACAAUGUUUCAUGUUUUGUUUUAUAUUCCCCACAGUUAAUUCAGAUGAUGCUUUACUUAUCUCCAGUAAUUAUAACUGUCAUCCCUAAGUAAAGUGUAAUAGUCAUUUAUCCCAAAUCGUUUGUCAAACCAUGCAUUUAAAAUGAGCAUUCAUCAUAUGUAUCUGCAAAAGAUAUUCAGGAGCAUAAUAAUGUGUGCAAAUAUUGAACACAUGCAAGACAGUUGCCUAUGUGUCUCAUAUUAAUGCAUAACUUCACCAGACUCCCUCAGUUUUAUUCCCAUUUUCCAAUUAGUUUGAUUUCAUCCGGUGAUCUGAAAUUCGAACAAUGAAUAAUUAUGUAACACAUUUUUAUAUUUCGGAACCUUUUUUGACUUGUUCAACAAAUCAAUGUAUAUAACUUGGCAUGUGGUAUUUGGUAUGCCUAAUAAAUUUUGUAAAUCUGAAAUUAAAAUCCCUCCGAUUCUUAGCUUCAAUGCAGGAACAGCCUAUAUAUAACUUUUUUCCCCUUGAAAAAAUAACAGUAUUUCACCAUACAUAGUAUAUUUCUCAUGUUUCCUUAUGCAUGUCUGUAAAUAUGUGGUUCCCUUCAAAGUCAUGUUCAUUUCUUUAAAAACAUAUUAAUAGCGUUCAGUCAGGAGUAUUGCCGACUGGAAGUGUUAUUUCAAAUAGCGGAUUUUGGGACUGAGACUUCUGUUUUCGUUGUCAUUUCCAUAGCUGUAAAGCUACUUUAUUACUUGCGCAUUGCAUUGCCACUCCAAACAUGUCAGACUGUAAAUGAAGUAAUACUAAGUAAUACUAUGUCUGGUCACAUGACCUGACAUCCUUUAUACAGCGGAGCACUGGAUAACCAAAUAACAUUUAUAUUUUUCGUUGCUUAAGAAAAAGAAAUCACUCUUUGUAACUUUAUUCUUUACAUCUGGGUGAUGGGUUCCAUAAAGCUGUAUGAAAAUAAAUCUAUUUUUUCUACACAAAGUGCCUGAAAAGCUCUGUUACAGAUUGACACUAUAUUGUACUGUAUAAAUCCCAGGUGGCAUUCAUGUGUUUAAACAGAUUUGUAAUAAAUGUAAAUACUUUGAGAAUACGGCAA